GUAUCCAUUAUUUCCACCAUCGACCAUCGCAUUCUUUCGCUCUCUAACUGCUUUUAUCACAUAAGUCGUAGAGUCGGAGUUGCUCCUCCUCACUUGGCCUCCUCUUUGGAAGAUCGAUAUUUGCAGCUCGGUCUUUGUCUUGCUCUAGUUCGUCGGAGCAAAUUGUUAUUGACCGCCUGGGGGAUUUGUUUAAGCCGAUUCAUCCUCGUUUCGUCUUUUUUUUGUUAGGGUUUGCGAAGGCGGAAAGCGGUACGGAGGAUGGAGAAGAAGCAAGGAUUCUUCUCGGUGCUAAGGGAGGAGAUUGCGAGGGGGCUUUCUCCAUCACGGUCGCGGGGAAGGCCGAGGUCGGAGAGCCCGCGGCGGAGCACAUUGCCUGUGGCGGAGCUGUUUUUGUUUUCACGGCGGUGGAAGAGGCGUGGGAUUGCUGGAGAGCUUGCGUUGCCAAGAUCCGGGAGCCUGACGCCUCUGAUGGAGGGACCGGAACAUGCGGCGGGAGAGGACGCGAAGAAGGAGCGUGGGUGGGGACACUGGGUCAAAGACCAGCUAUCACGUGCGCCGUCCGCCUCUCCUUCUGCUUCCUCCUUCCGGUGGUCGGAUCUCCGGAUGCUACUAGGCGUCAUGGCGGCUCCCCUCGCCCCUAUUCAUGCUUGCUCCAUCGACCCGCUUCCUCACCUCAGCAUCAAGGAUACUCCCAUCGAAACUUCUUCAGCACAGUACAUCCUCCAGCAGUAUAUAGCUGCAUCAGGAGGUUUCAAGCUUCUCAGUUCCAUUAGGAAUACAUAUUCAAUGGGGAAGGUGAGGAUGGUGGCUACUGAGUUUGAGACGGCAACCAGGAUCACCAAAAACAGGAACGCAACAAGGGAUGCUGAGUCUGGUGGAUUUGUUCUCUGGCAGAUGGCACCUGAGAUGUGGUAUGUUGAACUCUCUGUAGGUGGCAAUAAGGUCCAUGCUGGUUGUAACAGCAAGCUAGUUUGGCACCACACGGCAUGGUUAGGUGCCCAUGUUGCCAAGGGCCCUGUUCGUCCCCUUCGUAGAGCACUUCAGGGUCUUGAUCCACUGACCACAGCUAGCAUGUUUGCCAAUGCUCGAUGCAUUGGGGAGAAGGAGGUCAAUGGGGAGGAUUGCUUCAUCCUCAAGCUCUGUGCAGAUCCAGAUACACUUAGGUCCAGGAGCGAAGGAGCUUCUGAGGUUAUUAGGCAUGUCUUGUUUGGCUACUUUAGCCAGAAAACUGGACUUCUCCUCCACAUUGAGGAUUCACACCUGACUCGGAUCCAGCCGACCGUUGGUGGGGAUGCGGUCUACUGGGAAACCUCAAUCAACUCGUUCCUCGAUGACUACCGUCCUGUCGAAGGCAUGAUGAUUGCACACUCUGGUCACUCAGUUGUGACUCUCUUUCGGUUUGGGGAAGUGGCAAUGAGUCAUUCAAAGACCAGGAUGGAGGAGGCUUGGACUAUUGAAGAGGUGGCCUUUAAUGUUGCUGGCCUUUCUGCUGACUGCUUUAUCCCUCCAGCAGAUAUAAAACGUGAAUCUAUUAGCGAGGCUUGUGAGCUACCUCAAAGAGAGAGGGGGAAGAACAUUGUGAUCAGCAGUCAUCGGGCUAAGAUUGCUGCCCUGGGAAGUCCAAUGAUGAUGCCGACUGUUAAAACCUAAGGCUGUUUCUGCGGAGAUUUGAAGUGAGCAUAAUUGUCCAUAUUGAACUGGUAGUCCCUUCGCCUGACUGACCAUGAAAUGUAGGUAUGCAUAGGUUCUAGGUGAUUAAGUUUACUUGUGGAGCUGUCCCUUAUAAUGUGGGUCAUUGCUCUUUAAUAUAUGAGCAUUGGUUAUCCUAUAAUCCAUCAAAGGGGCUUGGUGGAUCGUAUCAAAGGGAAGUGGGGUUCUUAGGUUGAUAAACCGUUUUUUUAUUUUGGUUUGUCAGUUAUGUAGGAUGUGUUUUGGGGUUUCUGUAAUUUUUUGUUGUUGCAAUGGGGUGUUGCUUCCAUUCCUGAAAGGAGAGGAUGGUGCUUUUGUUGCUCUUGCUGAAGCUAAGCCUGUUUUUUCAGUGGCGACUAGAACUUUAACAGCAUGUUUACUGAUUAACAGUGGAUUUAUUUUGACUCUGAAUGAGUUCUCAAUUUCUCA